AUGUUUUAUGAUGGUGAUGGUGCUGAUAGCGAUGUCACUGAUGGUGAUGGUGCUGAUAGCGAUGUCACUGAUGGUGAUGGUGCUGAUAGCGAUGUCACUGAUGGUGAUGGUGCUGAUAGCGAUGUCACUGAUGGUGAUGGUGCUGAUAGCGAUGUCACUGAUGGCGAUGGUGCUGAUAGCGAUGUCACUGAUGGUGAUGUUGCUGAUAGUGAUGUCACUGAUGGUGAUGUUGCUGAAAGCGAUGUCACUGAUGGUGAUGGUGCUGAUAGCGAUGUCACUGAUGGCGAUGGUGCUGAUAGCGAUGUCACUGAUGGUGAUGUUGCUGAUAGUGAUGUCACUGAUGGUGAUGUUGCUGAAAGUGAUGUCACUGAUGAUGAUGGUGCUGAUAGCGAUGUCACUGAUGGUGAUGGUGCUGAUAGGGAUGUCACUGAUGGUGAUGUUGCUGAAAGCGAUGUCACUGAUGGUGAUGGUGCUGAUAGUGAUGUCACUGAUGGUGAUGUUGCUGAUAGCGAUGUCACUGAUGGUGAUGUUGCUGAUAGCGAUGUCACUGAUGAUGAUGUUGCUGAUAGCGAUGUCACUGAUGGUGAUGUUGCUGAUAGCGAUGUCACUGAUGGUGAUGUUGCUGAUAGCGAUGUCACUGAUGGUGAUGGUGCUGAUAGCGAUGUCACUGAUGGUGAUGGUGCUGAUAGCGAUGUCACUGAUGGUGAUGGUGCUGAUAGCGAUGUCACUGAUGAUGAUGGUGCUGAUAGCGAUGUCACUGAUGGUGAUGGUGCUGAUAGCGAUGUCACUGAUGGCGAUGGUGCUGAUAGCGAUGUCACUGAUGGUGAUGUUGCUGAUAGUGAUGUCACUGAUGGUGCUGAUAGCGAUGUCACUGAUGGUGAUGUUGCUCAUAGCGAUGUCACUGAUGGUGAUGGUGCUGAUAGCGAUGUCACUGAUGAUGAUGUUGCUGAUAGCGAUGUCACUGAUGAUGAUGUUGCUGAUAGCGAUGUCACUGAUGAUGAUGUUGCUGAUAGCGAUGUCACUGAUGAUGAUGUUGCUGAUAGCGAUGUCACUGAUGAUGAUGUUGCUGAUAGCGAUGUCACUGAUGGUGAUGGUGCUGAUAGCGAUGUCACUGAUGAUGAUGUUGCUGAUAGCGAUGUCACUGAUGAUGAUGUUGCUGAUAGCGAUGUCACUGAUGGUGAUGUUGCUGAUAGCGAUGUCACUGAUGGUGAUGUUGCUGAUAGCGAUGUCACUGAUGGUGAUUGUGCUGAUAGCGAUGUCACUGUCGGUGAUGGUGCUGAUAGCGAUGUCACUGAUGAUGAUGUUGCUGAUAGCGAUGUCACUGAUGGUGAUGGUGCUGAUAGCGAUGUCACUGAUGGUGAUGGUGCUGAUAGCGAUGUCACUGAUGAUGAUGGUGCUGAUAGCGAUGUCACUGAUGGUGAUGGUGCUGAUAGCGAUGUCACUGAUGGUGAUGGUGCUGAUAGCGAUGUCACUGAUGGUGAUGGUGCUGAUAGCGAUGUCACUGAUGGUGAUGGUGCUGAUAGCGAUGUCACUGAUGAUGAUGUUGCUGAUAGCGAUGUCACUGAUGGUGAUGGUGCUGAUAGCGAUGUCACUGAUGGUGAUGGUGCUGAUAGCGAUGUCACUGAUGAUGAUGUUGCUGAUAGCGAUGUCACUGAUGAUGAUGUUGCUGAUAGCGAUGUCACUGAUGGUGAUGGUGCUGAUAGCGAUGUCACUGAUGGUGAUAGUGCUGAUAGCGAUGUCACUGAUGGUGAUGGUGCUGAUAGCGAUGUCACUGAUGGAGAUGGUGCUGAUAGCGAUGUCACUGAUGGUGAUGGUGCUGAUAAGCGAUGUCACUGA